GAUUACUUCAAGACUCCCAGUAUCUCUCGCACGACAGAUAAUUAUAAGCACUGCCACAUAUUGACAGAUCAAUAUAUCCGUCAAUCUGAACCGAAUCUCAACAGGAAGCUCCCCGGAUAUUACAACCUUGAUGUCGGUUGAUAGACGCCAAAGUCUUCAUUGCCUUCGUUUUCCAUCUCGAUACGAAACAGUGUCGAGAUCCCAGCUUUCUAAACAACAUACGGGCGAUAGCACCAGGCCAGCUGAAAAACCGUCCUGUCCAGAAAUACCAUAUCAGUCUUCCGUAUCCAACCGCAAUCAUGGAGCAGAUUAAUAACAAUAACGCCAUGUUAACCACCGAGAAAAGCCGUAGUAUCUCUCCAGCAAGCUCGGAAGAAGUCCGUGUCAUUGGCAUUAAUGAGUAUGAGGAGGCGGCUCAAUGCCUGUCUGAAGCCUUCGCCGUUGAUGAAGUAGCAAGAUAUUUCAUUGAUACCGAUGAUAUGGCUGCUUAUUCGGAAGAGCACAAGUGGAAGCUUCAUUGCGAUAUCAUUCGGUAUAUGACUGCUGCUCAUAUCUACAAAGGCAUUGCGACAACUAUUGGGCCGAACUAUGAUGCUGUUGCUCUUUGGAUGCCCCCUGGCCAGAAUAUGAAUGACUGGUGGACAAUCUUCCGUAGUGGCAUGUGGAGACUCUAUUACAAGCUAUCAUCUGAAGGCAGGAAACGUUUCUACAAUGAGUUCAUGCCACUCUUGCACGAUACCUUCCACGAUAUCUUAGGACACCGUGAGAAUGAUGCCUACUACCUUGUGUAUCUAGGUAGCAAGCCCAGUGCUCGCGGGAAAGGAUAUGCGAGGAAGCUGAUCGAGCAUAUGACAGCCCGGGCUGAUCUCGAAGGUCGCCCAACCUAUCUGGAAUCCAGUGCAGCAAGCAACAUCUCGUACUACAAUAAGUACGGUUUCAUCGAGAAGAAGUUCAUCACUCUUGAGCGGGGCCCCAAGCCGGUCAGGUUGCAUAUCAUGGUUCGAGAGCCCCAGAGCGUAGCUGGGGGCUCGAAGGCCGAGGGACAAACUGUAAAAAUCAGAGCCCUUUGAUAAUCUGGAGGCUCGACGCAGAAGGAAUCUGAAGGCGAGGGACAUCUUUGCAGUAAUUUUCUUUUAUUCUUUUUUGGUGCCUUGACUUUUACUAGGUUUCGAUUCCCUGGCAAGAAUGGUUAUCUUCCUGUUUUG